CACGCCACAGAGUCGAGAACGCGCGCAGUUUCACACAGUGAGGGAGAACAGCUAGUCGUAAACGCAGUGGAUCAUACGCACGUUUUUAUACCGAUACACACUAUAUGGUAGCAUAAAGCAGUGUUUAUUUUAAUCUUAAUUCUAUAGCACCACCUGAACUUUGAUGUGCUACUGUUUAUUUAAAUUCAAAAUGAGAAAGAUUAUAAUGAUUUUUGCUGUCAUUUUGCAUUAGAUUACGUUCUCAACAAAUCAGAAAUCCAUAAUUUAUACGGACAUAUAAGCUUGAUUUUGCCACACAUCAGUUGUCAGAAACAUCUUGGGAAUGGAUGUGAAUGCCGACGCCAGCAUUCCCAGUGCUGCACCUGGUGCAGUGGAGGAAGAAACACAGCAGCAACAAUCAGAGCAAGACAUCAGUCAGCAACCCGGCACAGAGUCGGACCUCACCGGCAACACCUCACAGCCAAUCAAGAACGAGCAACAAGAUCCACCCAACACCACAACACCUACUCCUGCUGCAGACCCCGCCCCCUCUCAGGAUGCCCCACCCAGUGUUCACCUGACAGUCAUUGACGAGAAGAUGGAAACAAGUAACGGUGUUUGCCCUGGUCCUAUCAAGAUGUCUCCGACAGCUUCUUCUCCUCCUCGUCAGCAGCACGCCAAGCCCAACCACGUGCACGCAAACGGGCGAGCCAAGCCGAGCAGCCGCUCCGGGUCAAUGAGUCACGCGGGGUCACCUCGUCCGUCACUCACCCGACAGCCCAGCGCAGCCACUGAUGUUGGAGACGGAUCCAAACCCAACGAUUAUCUCAUAUGGGCUAUUCUGGCCUGCCUCUGUCCUGUCUGGCCCAUUAACGUCGUCGGCUUGACCUUCUCAGUCAUGUCUCGAAACAGUCUGCAGCAGGGCAAUGUGGAUGGUGCGCGUCGUCUUGGCCAGAAUGCAAAAAUCCUGUCCAUCGUGUCAUUGGUGGGUGGGAUCCUCAUCAUUGUUCUUACUAUCGGCAUCAACUGGGGAGUAAUACUUAAGACCUGAUGACUGUCACGACACUCGGGGUGAAGUAAGAUUCACAACCAAUCCAUGAUGACCAUUUUCUUCUUCCAUGUGUCAUUCAUCUCUCUACAUCUGAAUGCUCCUGUUUUAUACUCUGUCUGAAGACUCUGAAGCUGGAUGUUACUUUUAUCAAAAACAACAUGGACUCUUCAGCUCUUCGAAUGCCUGGAAUUACAAACAAAGCGGCAAGGCAUGCAUGCUUGUUUUUUUUUUCUCCCAACAAAGGACUCACCAUCUGAGAUGAUGUCAGUGAGGAGACCACAAAUAUGAUCUCAUUUCAUUGGUCAUGCACCCCUUGAGGAUGUGAGGGAGGAAAAUAAUGAGAGAGAAUGGGAAGGGAUUUAGUUCUUGACAAAGAUGCACAAGCUAAUAUCCCUGUUUUCUCAGAAGUGUGAGUCCAUAAAGAAAAGCUCAGAUUAAAAUGUAAUUGAUUAUAUAAAACAGCAGAUGGCUUCCGUUUUGGCAUCCGUCCACAGAUGAGUCCGAUUACCUUGAGAACUGCUCUAGAGCCUCUCUCUCUCUCUCUCUCUCUCUCUCUCUCUCUCUCUCUCUCUCUCUCUCUCUCUCUCUCUCUCUCUCUCUCUCUCUCUCUCUCUCUCUCUC